UACUUGCUUGCUGUGCUUAAAGUGAAAUCGCCAAGCUGGCGCAGCUCAGUGCCCAGCCGCCCAGAGCUCUGAUCUGACUCUGCUGCUCUUCAGCCCGCACCCGCACCUGCACCCCUCUUCACUCCAACUGCACGCGAGCACCCACCUGAGGCUGCAGAACUUCCAUUGAAACAUGACCAGGAAGAUCUUCACAGAUACCAGGGAGCGCUGGAGACAGCAGAAUGUCAACCGUGCUUUCGCCAAGCUGAGGAAACUCAUCCCCACUCACCCGCCAGACAAGAAGCUGAGCAAGAAUGAGACACUGCGCCUUGCAAUGCGGUAUAUCAACUUCCUGGUCAAGGUCCUGGGGGAGCAGAGCUCACAGCAAGCUGGAGCUACAACUCAGGGAAACUUUCUGGGACUCUUCCCCCAGGGGACUCACCUGCCAGAGAGGACGCUGCUUGAUGAUGACUUGCCGGUUUCCUCACCUGGCCCCAGCUGUCACCUUCCCUAAAGCGAUCCUCUCUCAUCUCUGAAAGCAGUGCUGUUCAGAAUUCUUGCCUUCUGCAUGUCCCGGAGCUAGCUUGCUGAGUAUUUAACGAGUCGUGUGACUUCAAUUUCUUGGAGCUGGCUCAGGAACAACUGCAGAAUCUCUACAGAAGACCCCAAGAAGGUGAAUUUGCAGUUGGCUUCUCUGGGGCUCCAGACAGAGCAAUCUGAUUUUAUUUGAUUCAUGGAGUUUCUGCAGAAGAUGUCUAGGGAGGGAAAAAAAUCACUUUAAAAACUGGUUUGAAAAAUCAUGAUUUUGCUCAAUUCCACUUCUAAAGAAAAGAGUUUUCUUUUCUUUUUUUUUAAAGCUUUUUAAUUUUAUUUCUUUUAUAUUUAUUUAUUUCCCUUUUGUUGCCAUUGUUGUUUUUUAUUGUUGUAGUUAUUAUUGCUGUUGUCAUCGUUGUUGGAUAGGACAGAGAGAAAUGGAGAGGGGAGAGAAAGACAGAGAGGGGGAGAGAAAGAUAGACACCUGCAGACCUGCUUCACUGUUUGUGAAGCAACUCCCCUGCAGGUGGGGAGCCAGGGGUUUGAACCCGGAUCUUUACACCGGUCCUUGCGCUUUGCGCCAUGUGCACUUAACCCGCUGCGCUACCGCCCAACUCCCAAGAA